ACCAAUUGCAGGCGCUGCAGAUCAGUGCGCACGGCUGGCAAUUGGGCGAUGAGUUGUUGGCGAGCGGAGAUGCGAAUGUGCGCUUUUUCGGGGCGUUGACUUUUAUGGUCAAGUUGACUCGUGAGGGGUGGGUUUUUCUGUUCUUCCUGUAUUCUUGAUUGGAGUCGUUGGAGUGGCUGUGGCUGACUUGGAUGUUGUUUGGUUGUAGAUCGAGACUUGAUCCGGCGAAUGCGCAGAUUGUUUUGUCGAGGUUGUUGCAUUGGCUUGUGCGCCUCACGAACCAAGGCGAUGGCGCAAUGGUCGGCAAGAAGCUAUGCUCGGCCAUAACGGCGUAUUAUAUUCAGUCGACGGCCCCGUGGGAACAACCCCUACGCCAUAUUGCUCUAUGCUUCCGCCAUGGGGAAGCCGUGUCUCCUGACGCUCUCCAGACCGACAACACUCCCUUCUCGGUAUUGCUGGCCUCAUUAUCCCACCCUCAAAUCACCACCGUGCUAUGGCUCGCCGCCUCGCUCGCAGAGGAAAUGGGAAGGGUCGAUUCCAACACCGCGCAAACCGCUCGAAUCCACGCCCAGAUGGAAAACAUCGUGAGAGACGCGAGCGAAACGAUGCACCGCGCCUUACAGCUGCAAACCUCCACUCCAGAACUCGCAACGGAGGCGCUGGUCACCUUCCAACAAUGGGUAGACUACGCCCAGCCCGUCUGGCCGCGCAAUCCCGACGCUCUCCAGUACCUGCGGAAUCUCAUCGCCCCGGCUGCCGCCUGCUUGUCCUCCACUACCGUCUCGCAAGAAGCGCUCGAUGUCUUCCGCGACAUCCUCGAGAGCUACACCAGCUUCUUUCGCUACGAGCACAUCGCCAUGCUCGCCGAGAUCAUCUACCAAUACAUCAACCCCCCUCUGCAGCGCGCACUACAAGAACAAGACUCCGACGGUCAACACGUCCUGUACGGCCAAUUCGUCAUCGCUUUCGGCUGCGCCAACAUCCAACAAGUGGUGGAGGAUCCGCAGAACCAACUGGGCUCCAUCAAUCUCGUCACUCUGCACACGCAGAUGAUCUCCACCCCCGGCUAUCCCGGCGACGAUGACCAGCUCUCCGUGCAAGCGAUCGAGUUCUGGAACACCUACGUCGAGCACGUGAACGACAUCAUCGGCUCGGGGGACGAAGGCGACAACCCGCCGUGGCAGCCAGCCGCUCAGAUGACUCUACAGCGCGUGUUCGAAUGCCUAUGUCGGAAAAUCACCACGCCGCCGCCCGACGUGGCGGAAGAGUGGGGCGACGACGAGCACGAGGGGUUCAAAGAGUUUCGCCUCGAUGCGACAGACCUCUUGCUAUCCAUCUACAUCUUCCUCGAGAAGCCGAUGCUCGAGGAGCUGGUGGGCCUCAUCUGCCGCUCCUUGCAGGCCAAGGAGUGGCGCGUGCUCGAAGCGGCGUUGUUCAUCUUGAACAGACUUGCAGACAACGUUCUUGAAGAACCCGGCAACGGCUCCGUGUUGGAGAAAGUGUUCCAAACAACCUUGUUCCGUGAAGUCGCCAACUUUAGUCUCGACAUUCCUUCGCAAACCCGUCGUGCUGCUAUUGACUUGCUAGGCUCGUACGGGCAGUACAUUGAGCGGCACGCAGAGUUCCUCCCAGACACGCUCAACUUCCUCUUCGCCUCCUUGGAGACUACGACACUAGCCGCCGCAGCAGCCCGAUCCAUCGACUCCCUCUGCUCCACCUGCCGCGCAGAACUCACCAACGAACUCCCGGGCUUCGUAGCGCAGUACCAACGCUUCCUCAAAUCCGACGGCAACGACCCCUACACCAAGAAGAUGGUGAUCGGCGCCAUCGCCUCCAUCAUCCAAGCCAUGCGGCCCGAGAGCGCGAAAGCGGAGCCGCUGAUUGCACUCAUCGAGCAGGUAGAGCGAGACGUCGAGGCGGCGAAGAAGUUCGCUGCGGCCGGAGAGGCAGAGCAGGAGGAAGAGGUGGGCGUCAAUGCGCUGGAGUGUCUCGCGAGCAUUGGGCGGGGCAUGCAAGUGCCCGACGACGUUCCUAUCGAUUUGUACAGCGAGGAGAGCGGCGAUGCUGCUGCGACGGAUAAGUCGACCUACUGGCAGUCUGCGGACGGCCAGGCUAUCCAGCGGCGGAUCAUGGGCUGCUUUUCAGUGCUGCAAGUCGUCGGAGGGUAUAGCGCGGCCAUUGACGCUGCAUGCCAGGUGCUGAAGAGCGGGUACACCGAGACCGAGCCCGGGCCGUUUGUGCUCCCGCCUUCGGUGACGGUGAGUUUCGUGCAGCAGUGCUCGCUCACCACCCCGCAACUGGAAAUGGUGCUCUCGACCGCGUGCCUGCUCGUCACGCAGCAUUCGCACGCGCCCAAAGCCCCGCGCAUCGAAUCCGAAGUCCGCGCCAUCUACGCCUGCGUGCUGAACUUCAUGACCGCGCUGCGCGACUCGACGCACGAUCCCGCCGUCGCGAAUGCAUGCAUCGAAAUCGUCGGCCGCAUGAUGCCCUACUACACGCACGUCUUGUUCCCCACCGAUUCCGCCCCCAACAACCCCACAGCAACCAUGCUCAACUUCGUCCUCACCGCCGUCAUCGGCCCGGACCAAUUCCCCAAACGCGCCGCCUGCGACUUCUGGACCAAACUCAUCAAACCCCAAACCGCCGCCCUCACCCCGCAAACACGACAAAGCCUCGAAGCGGCGAUAGAAGCGUACGGCGCGCAGCUAACCGAAUGCAUUAUUGUCGAAAUUGGCGGUCGAGGCCGCAGAUCGGAGCUGGACGUCGUUUGCAACCCGCUUCUGGCGCUGCUGCUGCAUCGCGGCGAGACGAGGCGGUGGUUGGAGCGUGCGUUGGGGAGCGAGUCGUUUCCUGAUACGCAGGGCCGGGCGACGGAUGAGGAGAAGGGGCGGUUUCUGAGGGGCGUUGUUGCUGCUGGGAGUGAUGGGCGGAAGGUGAGGGAGGUUGUGAGGGUGUUUUGGGCGCUGUGUCGUGGGACGGUGGUGGGGUUUGGGUCGUGAGUUGAUGGGAGCCGCUGGAGAAGAGUCAAGCGUCGUUAUCCCCUUUUGUUCUUUCCCGAUUCCACAGCAUA